CCAUUCGAGGCCUCGUCCAUCAACUCACGAAAUUAUCUAAAUCCUGGCACUAGGCUGGGGAGGAAUGAUUGGGGAAUUCUGGCAGGGACAACUACAAUAACAUCUGCUUGAAUGCAACCCUUGAAUCCCUUCCUAGCCUCUUUCUUCAAACCAGGAAGUCCCAUCGUCGCCCAGUGUUCUCCUGUCCACCACUAUAUCCUUCUUGUCCCGACUACCGAGUUUUUCCUUACCUCCCGCGAAACCGAAAGCGGCCUGUCUCUGUCAGAUAUCGUAGGAUCUGAAGACUUUCUGGGAAGCCAUGUACUCCGAAUUCCCAGUCCGGCUACCGCUGCGGGAGGGAAGGACUCGGUCGGAAACUUGCGCGAACAAAGGGGCAAGCCAAAACAAUACUCAACAUCAAAUGGGCGCAGCGUCGUUAUUAAGGAUAACUUCGUUUUUAGUAAUAAGGGAUUCAAGACGCUUGCUCAAGCACAGUUACUAAAUGAUGCUGUUUGGCACACCGAUACCAUCGAACCACGACAAUGGCUUAUAUACUAUAUAUCACGACCCUUAAUUGGCAUCUGGGCAGACAGGGAGAUACCGCGUGCUAUAUUCAUAGAGGGUAUGGCCAAGAAGAAGCUUGCGGAGGCCAAGCAGGUAGCAGCCAUCGAGAAUGGUGAGCCCAGCUUACCACGGAAGAAGGAAAUUAGGAGUUUUCACGAUCUGUUAAACCAUUUCCCGAUGAUCGCAAGGCAAAUGCAACCCGGACUAGAGAAGCUGUUCAGGGAGUUCACCAUGAUUUUCGAGAGGCCAUUGCCCCCUCCUCCGUCCGCGACACAUAUCCCCGAUCCUGUCCCAGAUGGCCCCAUCGUGACUGCUAUGAAAAGAGCCCGUUCCAACAGCUUAUCCGCGCGAAGAAACAGUCUAGAUGGACAAGAAAGUUCACGUUCCCGACCAACUGAGAGUUUCUACACCGAAGAUGAUGAAGAUGUUAUGAGAGCUUCGUUGGAGACGGCCGUAACGAAUGCCAUUGACCUAUUUCAAAGUGUUGACAAUCAGCAGCUUUCCAUGCUCGGUGCGACGACUGAACUUACCGGGCCGGUCGUUGAACGGCUAAUUGAACGCUAUGUCAGCGAAAAUGUUCAUAAUCUUAUUUGGCCCAGGUUAGCUGCGAUGCGACGCCCAGAUGAUCUUGAGCUUGAAGCGAAAAUACGGCAGAUGGAAUUCAUCGACAUAUCACAAUUAGGCAUUUUCAUCGAAGGUGGCCCUAGAGCCAAGCACGAGCUCACCUUUAGGCUCGGCCGUGCAGUCGACGAGUUUCGCAAGAUGACUCCAUCUAUGUCUCCGCAGGAAAUGAUGGAGAUUUUACUGUCGACGAUGAAAGCCGCUACGCAAUUAACUGAGCAAUCACAACUCAGUACCGAGUCUAAUCCAGCAUCUGAAAAGCCUACCAUCACUGUUAAUGCCGAUACACUGGUAUCUCUGCUUCUAUUUGUCCUGAUUCGGUCAGGUGUAAAACACCUCCAAGCUCGAUUAAUCUAUAUAAAACACUUUGUCUUCAUCGACGAUGUGGAUAGCGGCGAGAUAGGGUACGCUCUUAGUACAUUCGAAGCUGUACUUUCAUAUUUAUCUACGGAUUCGAGCAGCUUAAGAAGGGCGAGCCGUCGGAAUAAAGCUCUAUGGGAUGCUACUAAAAAAGGCGACAUGGAGGAGCUCAAGAGAAUGAUGGACCCUGAUGCAGACUCUAUUGAUGAUGAAGAACACCUUUCCUCCCCGAUAUCGAAUCAUGCACCUUCGGUUAGUUGGAGUAUGGUUAACGGGUCAUCAAGGAGGUCCUCGACAGUGUUCGCGCCAUCGGAAUCUUAUUCUCAAGGAUCAGGAUUAAGCCACGUGUUCCCAUUUCAAAGUCAGGCAACGAACGAUUCUUCUAUACCCUCGGCGAAGAGGAUCAAGAGAGUUUCUAUGGACACGAGGAGUAUGUCAAGUGGCUCCGAAUAUUCUUAUCACUCUAGAGCCGGGAGCGUCGUCACACUCGGAAGCGGCCUAGAAGGUGAUACGUCGAUUGAACGAUUGUGUCAGACUGAAGAUGCGUUUGGAGAAUCAAUCCCGAUGAUGGCUAUCCAAAAUGAGCGAGCAGAAGUAUUAAAGUAUUUGGUUUCACUCGAUGAUUAUUUCCCAGCCAAUGUUAUUCUGGAUGACUGCAAUAAUGAAGGUACCAGCCUGCUAAGCGCUGCUGUUCAACUCGGUCGCACCGAGCUAAUUGAUAUCAUUCUCGAUUUUGUCGUGGCGUCGACUCCCGAACCGCAGAUUCGGAAUUAUCUCUCCUUGCAGGAUAGUCGGGGCCGAAGCGUCGCACACUACCUCUUCCACGCGCCGUCCCUAAUCGCGCGCAUCGGUAAAUUGCUUCCCUGGCGGCAAAAGGAUAAAAAUGGUCAAACACCACUGUUUGCUCUUUGUCGCUCGUACGACCACCAAAACUAUCACGAUAUGGUCGAGGCCGGCAUUGAAGUAGCGACACAGGCGCAGGGCGACAACCAGCCCCUUCACCUGGAUCAGCACGUGGACUCGAAGGGAAAUACCCUCUUGCAUAUCAUUAACGAUCACCAACUGGCAGUUAAAAUUCUUAUACAGUGUGAUGUCGAUGUCAAUGCAACAAACGACAAGAAAUUUACCGCUCUGAUGGUAGCGAGCAAAUACGGUCGCUUCGAAAUGGUUAGAGCGAUGUAUUCAGACCCGAGAGUAGAUGUAUACGCCAAGGAACUGCGUGGACUCACCGCAGUAGAAUUAGCAAAGGAUGAUGAUGUUCGCAACAAGAUCGAUGACUUGACUCUAUUCACUAUGCCACCUGCCGAAGACGGUCGCAUUACGGGUGUCGUUAGGUCAUUUUUUGUUGAAGAUGCUACUAUCCGACUUGUUCUCAAAUCGGGUGCCCCCGUAGAUCGUCAGAGUUAUGCGGUCACUACUUGUCGUCGCUCCUUUGCAGAUUUUGAGCGCCUCGCUAACCUACUAUCUGUCGAGAAUCCGGCAUCAUGGAUACCAAAAAUAUCAAGUCAACGGUCGCCAUUCCAGAUCCCUUCAAAGCCUUCAAGGGCCGUUUUGAAGGACCUCCAAAUACGAACAGACUCGUUCUUAAAAAUACUCUUAGCUCAUCCUACUUUUGCGACACAUGAAAUGUUGUGGGAGUUCUUCCUCGUGCCCGAUGUACAAACGGACAUGAUAGAGCAGCGCAGCCGUUUAAAAGCCGCGACCAGAGCUGAGAAGGUAAGAGACGAGUUUGAGCCUCUCGAAGAUAUCCGCGAAGUGGAACAGUUUGUGGACCAUGCCCGAGAUAUGGUCCGUAGUGUCAACUACUCAACUAAAAGUGUGGCGCGGCGGGCCAAUGCUAUCGGCGUCGUUGCUAACGACUUCUACGAUGCAGCGAGUGAAGUAUCGCGAGAGGUUGCUAACCUUGCGUUUGUCCCGCAGACUCAUAUAUCUGCGUUUGAGGCUUAUGUUUACACGCUUAUACCACCACAAUCUAAUCCGUCAUACUUAUUUCAUAAUUCUUUCUUAGCUGUCCAAUCUACCAUCCAGGCUAUGCUCUUAUCUCUAUCUCGACCACCUCAACUUGUUACUCAAAUUGUAUCUUGUCGCAAAGCAAUUGAACGCAAUUACAACUCCGUUUCACGCUCAACAAGAUGGCCCCUUGGUCUGCUCGACGAAACACGCCAACGACUCAACGAGGAUAGGGAAGAAAGGGCAAGACGCGCCCAGACUGAGGUAGAUACUUUGAGCAAGGAACUCCGGUAUACACAACAGACGGUGGCAAGUGAGCUAGCUGGAUGGGAGGAGAUGCACGAACGUAUGGGUCGCAGAGCCAUACGAGAGUUCGCUAGGGGCAUGCUCGUCUUGGAGCGUGAGCGACUACAAGGUUUACGCAGGGCACAGCGAAAACUACAAGACUUGCAUUUGGACUUUGACAAUGGACCCCAAGAAUCAGAUGCUAGUAAUAAUGAGGAGGGCGAUGUAAUCGAAAACGGCGUUGGCAAGGAUCCUGCGGAGGGCGAGCCUAGUACAUCUAGCGAGGCGUUUGCGGAUAGAGUAGAAUAGACAUCGGUGACGGUUUGAGGUGGUGACUCGGGACACCUCAGUAAAGAGCCGUUGAAUAACAAUUCUGAAAUCGUUGCAAUUAUCACCGCCACUCCAGCUAUCCUUGGAUGUUGUCCUACCCGGGAUCUAGCUCUCCCGUGUUCGCGCCGCAAUUUAAUCAUCAACCCUUACAUCAUAUUGUACCGCCUCAGAAUAAGUGAAGCGACAGCUUGAAAAACCGGGAGGCAGCCCAAGGACAUAUUAUACCCAAGUUACGACGGUUUAUGAU